UCUAUGGUUUGUUCAGUUUGGGAGGCCUCGGGCACGGAGAGACGUCUCAGCACCGGGAGCCUCACCGGGAGCUCAGAGCAGCAUGGGGAAGCGGGAUAACCGGGUGCCCUAUAUGAACCCUAUUGCAAUGGCCCGAUCCAGGGGCGCCACAUCUUCCGGAGGUCCAACCAUACAGGAUUAUCUAAGCAGACCAAGACCUACCUGGGAAGAAGUGAAGGAGCAGCUGGAGAAGAAGAAGAAAGGUUCCCGGGCCCUGGCAGAGUUUGAAGAAAAGAUGAAUGAGAGUUGGAGGAAAGAACUCAAAAACCACAGAGAGAAAAUCAUCAGUGGUGGCGACAGCUCCUCGAAGAAGAAAGAGAAACGUAAAAAGGAAAAGAAGAAAUCCGGUGGGUUAUCUUCAUCAUCUUCCUCUACAUCAUCGCGUUCUGCUUCUUCCAGCAGUUCUGACGUAUCUGAUAACGAGACCAAGAAAAAAACGUCAAAAAGAAAAAAGAAGAAAAAGCACUCACGCAGGACCUCCGACAGCAGCUACGACUCUGAGAGUAAGGAUUCUGUGAAGAAGAAAAAAUUCAGGGAUGAGAAAGAGAAGGAUGGGAAGAGUGUGAGCAGGAAGAGACGACGUCCAGAAGACGAUGGUCAAAGAUACUCCUCUUCCGAGUCUUCGUCUGGCUCAGAAUCAGAAGGAGAGGCCUAUGGGAAAAGGAGAAGAAGCAGUGAAGAGAAAGCGUAUAAAAGUAAGAAAAAGAAGAAGCACAAGAAACAUAGUAAGAAGAAGAAAAAGAAAUCUCACGCCUCCAGAUCGGAUUCUGAGUGACCCUCCAAGAACCCCCCGAACAUGUGCAAUGACUGUGACAGCGGAAAUUCAUCCACGUAGCUGUAAUUAGAUCUGUCAUAGAGGACCAGGCAUGUCAUAGGAGACACCCCGCUGCACAGUGGCAUCACGUCAGCUUCUUUAUGCCACCAGUGAAUUUUUUUUUUUUUUUUUUUUUUUUGGUAGUAAUUGUAUUAUAGGGAAGGGGAGCGGCUGAGUUCUUCCUUUUGUUCUAGGAAGGGGUAGCACAAUAACUGGUACCACAUAUAUAAAGCAAUAUUACCUCAAUAUCCUAUUUAUCCUAAGGCUACUUUCACACUCGCGUUUUGUGCGGAUCCCUCAUGGAUGGAUGCGUUCAUAUAAUACAACCGUCUGCAUCCGUUCAGAACGGAUCCGUUUGUAUUAUCUGUAACAUAGCCAAGACUGAUC